UAGCUUAAAUUAUAAACAAAAGCAAUGGCUCCAACAUUGGCAACAAUCUCUAUUAAUUCCAACACAUGGGAUGUCAAAAAUUUUGUUGUAAAUGAAGGGCAUGGAGUGAAAGGUCUUGCAGACAUGGGCAUUCAAACACUUCCUAAGCAAUACAUUCAACCUCUCGAAGAGCGAAUAACUUCAAGUGAUGUGGUGGUGGAUGAAGAACAAUGUAUACCAGUCAUUGAUCUAUCAAAUUGGAAUGAUACGAAAGUGGACAACAUGAUAUGUAAUGCAGCAGAGAAAUGGGGUUUUUUCCAGAUUGUUAAUCAUGGAAUUCCAAUAAAAGUUUUUGAGAAUGUUAAAGAUGCUACUCAUAGGUUCUUUGCUUUGUCUGCUCAAGAAAAGAACAAGUACUCAAAAGACUAUUCUUGUACAAAUAAUGUUCGUUUUGGGACAAGCUUUACUCCUCAAGCUGAAAAGGCUUUAGAGUGGAAAGAUUACCUUAGCCUCUUUUAUGUUUCUGACGAAGAAGCAUCUGCACUUUGGCCUCCUGCUUGCAGGGAUGAAGCACUUGAGUUCAUGAAAAAGACUGAGCUUGUGAUCAAAAGACUGAUGGAAUCACUAAUGAAAAGACUAAAUGUGAAGGAAAUUGAUGAAGAUAGGGAAUCACUUCUAAUGGGUUCCAAAAGGAUCAACCUUAACUACUAUCCUAAAUGUCCAAACCCCGAACUUACUGUCGGGGUAGGACGUCACUCUGAUGUCUCAACAUUAACCAUCUUACUUCAAGACAACAUCGGAGGACUCUACGUGAAAAAACUAGGCAAUGAAACUUGGCUUCCCGUCCCACCAAUAAGUGGAGCGCUUGUGAUUAACAUCGGUGAUGCACUUCAAAUCCUGAGCAAUGGUCGAUACAAGAGUAUCGAGCAUCGUGUUAUUGCUAAUGGAAGCAAUAACAGAGUUUCAGUGCCAAUAUUUGUGAACCCUAAGCCUAAUGAUGUUAUUGGUCCUUUACAAGAAGUGUUAGAAAGCGGUGAGAAGGCAGUGUAUAAGCAAGUUCUUUAUUCGGAUUAUGCCAAGCAUUUCUUCAGAAAAGCUCAUGAUGGGAAGGACACCGUUGAUUUUGCAAAGAUAUGAUAUACUUCGUUGUAUCAAGUGAAACAAAAUCUUAUUAAUUUUUUUUUUUCAUUU